AUGCCCAGGCCGGGGAAGAGCUCGUACAGCGACCAGAAGCCGCCCUACUCCUACAUCUCGCUGACGGCCAUGGCCAUCCAGCACUCGGCCGAGAAGAUGCUGCCCCUGAGCGACAUCUACAAGUUCAUCAUGGAGCGCUUCCCCUACUACCGGGAGCACACGCAGCGCUGGCAGAACUCGCUCCGCCACAACCUCUCCUUCAACGACUGCUUCAUCAAGAUCCCGCGCCGCCCCGACCAGCCGGGCAAGGGCAGCUUCUGGGCGCUGCACCCCGACUGCGGGGACAUGUUCGAGAACGGCAGCUUCCUG